CUCACUUCUCUGCAAGACAAAGUCAUCCUAGGAAGAACUGCACCUGAAUCCACAGGAAAUUCUCCACAGCCAGAGCCUUGACAGGUAGAUUAUGGAUUGCUGGAAGGGAGCCGUAAGCCACAGCUGGAUUUAUCCCACAGUGAUCAUCUGUGCAAAUGGAUUUUUCACCACAAUGAGGCCAUCAGAAUCUUUUCUCACCCCCUAUCUAACAGGACCAGACAAAAACCUAACAGCUGAAGAGGUUACUAACAAGAUUUUUCCAGUCUGGACAUACUCCUACCUGGCUCUCCUUUUCCCAGUGUUCCUGCUCACAGACUACGUGCGCUACAAGCCCGUCCUCCUCCUGCAGGGCCUCAGCCUCAUCGUCACGUGGCUGCUGCUGCUCUUUGCACAUGGAGUGGUGGCCAUGCAGCUGGUGGAAUUCUUCUACGGCAUGGUCACAGCCACCGAGGUGGCCUAUUACGCCUACAUCUACAGCGUGGUCAGCAGCCAACACUACCAGAGGGUCACCAGCUACUGCAGGAGCGUCACUCUGGUGGCAGCCACCGUGGCCGCCGUGCUGGGACAGCUGCUGGUGUCCUUAGCAGGCGUCUCCUACUUCCACCUCAACGCCAUCAGCUUGGCUUCCGUGUCCUUGGCGUUCGUGUGCGCACUCUUCCUGCCCAUGCCCCAGAGGAGCAUGUUCUUCCACAGGAAAGAUGCCCCUGAGCCUGUGCCAGGGCCUGGCAAAGGGCUGGCCGUGGGCACUGCCCCCAGGCCCCAGAGCUGCCAAGAGGAAAGGAGCCCUGCUGCUGCUGCUGCUGCUGCCGGGGCCCCGAGCCCCCAGCCCCAGGCCGGCAGUGCCGGGCCCCACAGGCACCUGCUGGGCGUGCUGCUGCAGCUGGGCAGGGACCUGAGGCACUGCUACGGCUCCCGCAAGCUCCUCUGCUGGUCCCUGUGGUGGGCUCUGGCCACGGCCGGCUUCAACCAGGUGGUGAAUUAUGUCCAGGUGCUGUGGGACUUGCGAGCCCCCUCGCACAGCUCCGCAGUGUACAACGGAGCUGUGGAAGCCAUAGCAACCUUUUUGGGUUCAGCAACAUCCAUGGCAGUUGGAUAUGUCAAAGUAAACUGGGAUCUCUCUGGAGAACUGGCUUUGGGAAUUUUCUCUGCACUGGAUAGUGGUUCUCUGCUUCUUAUGCACUUCACUGACAACAUCUGGGCAUGUUAUGCUGGUUACCUUGCAUUUAAAGCUUGCUAUAUGCUUCUUAUAACAAUAGCCACGUUUCAGAUUGCUAUCAACCUCAGCAUGGAGCGUUAUGCUUUGAUGUUUGGCUUCAACAACUUUGUUGCACUGGUGAUUCAGACAAUUUUAACUGUUGUUGUAGUAGAUUCAGGAGGUCUGGGACUGGAUAUCAGCACUCAGUUUCUCAUUUAUGGCAGCUACUUCGCAGUCAUAACUGGAAUUUUCCUGAUCAGAAGCAUGUACACCAUAAUUUCCAUCAAAUGCAGAAAUACAAGUGUGGCUGCUGAAAGCACUGCCCCUUAACAACCAAGACAAAAGCAAUGGUUACAAGCAACAAUGCAGAAGGCUCCGUCAUCUGGACAAGAAAUCAAGAGAAAUGUAACAUUCAAUCAAGGAAAACUGGUCCAGGUUGAAGCAAGCUGUUUAUGAGCCUACUGCACAGAGAGCUUUGUCAAAUGCAGAAUGAUGCAUUUGCUCCAUUUUCUUCACCAAAAGUUUAAUACAAACAUUCCUCAAACAGUCUUCUAAUUCAAGUUUAGUGAUCUGACAUACAAAUUUCUAUUAAGGCUCAGUGAGCACAAGGACAUACAAAUUCCUGAACCUCACACCAGAGGAACUCACAGAAUUCCUGGACUUUGCCUUCUACUGAGUAUUUCAAUUUAAAGCAAUUUAUUCACUGACAGAAGACCAUCAGACAUGCCCAGGCAAUCUAAAGCAGUUGAACCAUACAAUGACUUGUCAGAUAAUUUGUCACAGAAGCCUUUGGAAAACUUCAAGGCUUUUUCAACUGGACAUCACAUCUGCCUUACAGAGCUCAGGAUGGUCGUGCAAGUGUAGCAUCUUCUUACACUUGUAACAGCUGAUGUUUAGGACUGAAGUCUAAUUAAGAGGUCUCCAUAUUAACUUCUGUAUAAGGGGCCUAGAGUUAUCAAGUGAAGUGCUUUGAUGCUAAAACACAAAAAUACAGCUUUUAGGCAACUAUGCUAUUUGCAUGAACAAUUAAGGGAAUAACUGCAGAGAUCUCCAUGAUAAAAAACAUUUAAAAUCAGGGGUGAAAAAUUAAUUUUGUAAAUAAAGGUAUUUUAAAACCUAAACAACUAAACACCAAUGGUGCCAGUUAAUGCUCAAUAUACAGAAGAUUCAAAACAAUACAAGAUCUUCAGCUUAUCUGGAAUUGGACAAAUCUAAAAUCCGUGAACACAGACUAAAGAUGUGUGCUUGUGUGUAGUUAAAGUUGCAAACUUAUCUGUCAUAAGUCAGUUAUGAAAAAUAAAGACUUCUACAGCAUAUUCUAAACUACAUGCCUUGCAUACUUCAAUCAGUUUCAGUAUCUCAGCAGUAAUAUUUGGAUUAGAAUAAUCUCUAUAGAUGCUGAUAUCAUUAGGCCUUGCCCAAAGCCUAAUUCACACCACUGUAAGUGAAGAAGGCACAGAAUUGUUGCUCUUUCAUAACACUUUUCAUCUCAUUGACAAGACAUGUCUUUGAUUCGGUCCAGUUCUCUGCACUAGGCAUUUUUAAGUACUCCACAAGCCCAGCUGAACCCUUGCAGUUCUCCACUCUCUACUGCAUUUACCUCAUACUAUCCAAAACAGCCAAGGCUGGGGAACAGGGAGAGCUACAACUAUUUACACUGUGCUAAAAUACAGUGGUGAGAGUAAGGGUGUUACUAAUACCCUGCAAACCUCCAGUUGCUGGGGAUUUCUUCAGUGAAUUCCUCAGAGAAUGUUGGGAACUGAACUGAACACCACACUGUUGAGCAGUCUCCAUCAGAAACAAAAGAGAGCCUUCAAGCCUGUUUUAAAUAUACCAACGGGACAAAACCAGACAUUUAAGUUCAGAAAACUUGCAGUAUGCUUUAUGAGUUGCCUGUCUCCAGCUUGGUAUCUCCAAAGUUUAAAAAACAAAACCAAAAAGAAAUUACAAUCCCCACAGGCAGGCAACAAAAGUCAAAAGCAUUAGCACAAAUGUUUUUACAAGCAGAGGUCAAACUUUUCAGAUGCCCUAGAAAAACCUAGCCAACAUUCAGGCAGUCAAUUACAAGUGAAAUGUGUUACCUUGAAGAAUUUUAAUGUUUAUCUCAAAUGGACUCGCAUGUUCUUUUUAAAAAAAGUCAAUCUCACCUUAUUUAUUCCUAUUAUCCUAAAAUCUGUUAGAAUUUUAUUCUCCAGCUGGUCAGAAACCUUUAAGCUUGCAGUUUAUGUAUUCACAAUAUACUUACAUUAUUUGCUUAGUUCCAGUAUUACACUUGAACUGUAGCCAAAUUUAUGUCUGUUUAAAACACCAACUACUUUGAUGCAGUUAUAUUUUCCUUGAAUCUUAUCACUGUUACAGAGGAAGACAAAGCCAGACAUUUUCCCCCUACAAGUUUCACUGUAGAAUGGCACAAAAUAUUUCUGUAAAUUAAAAAAAUAAAUUUAAUAUUCCACAGGAGCUCUUACUGAUAGGUAUCAGUUUUUAAUAAAGAGAGGGCUGUUACAUCUGUGGUCCCUUGGCCUGCUGUUACACACUCUGUUCAGAGCACAACUAAGGCCUGUCAUUAGUUACCCAUAAUAAGGUGUCCUUUGCUGCAAACCUCCUCUCCAGUAACUACCCUUCCCAGUGCUUCCAGUGUCCUUCAUGACAUACUCUAUGCAAACAAUCCAAACCUCACCUAACACUCUCCUGUGUGACAGGUCACUUCACUUGAGCUAGAACAGUGAGCUUCAUCACAAGGGCAAAAAGAAACAUCCAAGUGAGGAUGUGAAAAUUUUAGGCUUAGCUCACCUUUAAACACACUGCUUUGGACACUUCAUCUGUAUACAAGACACAGUGUGUACAUUUUCAUUCAGUACAUGUUACUGCACAGAAAUAAUGCUACACAGGGGUUUUUUUCUAAUAUUUAUUUUUUCACCUGCAAACUGUAGCAAAACAUGAUCAGCUUUAUUAUGCAGACAGGUAUCCCUCUAACAUUAGAGAUUUAGGCAUGUAUAAAUAGAAGAGCUCUUAGGAAAGGAAAACAUUUUGAGAAAUGAACAAACCUUCAAUUUAACUUCGUGACUUCCAAUACCAAUGGUUAAAAUGAUGCAGCUCAUUCAUUCCAAGAGAUACAACAGCACCUUAAAGUGGCUGAUCUAUUCCCCAGUAACAUUUUCACAUAACAAUGUGUUAAAGUUACAAAUACUGAUAUGCACAAAUAGCUAUUUUCUAAGAAAAAUAUGUACAGUACUGCAGCAUAAUGAGUGUGGUAUCUGCAAUAACUUAUUAGCCAAUUGUAAUACACAUGAUACCGCUACUUUGUACCUGCCACUUCACAGGUUCAAGGAUGUUACCACAGCCCUCUGUUUUGCACGUUAUUACCUCGUGGGGGGUUGCUUUUCUUGCUUUUUGUGUCGGGUGGUGUUUUUUUUUUUUUCCUUUUUGAAACUUUUUAAAGG